AUGAAUACUAUACGCCAGAUACAGGCGCUCAAUAAGCGGGAGCUCGAAAAUGCCGUUCCUCCAGCUGCAUCAUGGCACGCUGAUUAUCGCGACACGGCCUACAUUUCUAUCGGUGGGCUUCCAUUCGACCUUUCUGAGGGCGAUAUUGUCACUAUCUUCUCUCAGUAUGGAAAACCGGUGGACAUUCGUCUUGCGCGCGACAAAGAAACGGGGAAGAGCCGAGGCUUCGCAUGGCUCAAAUACGAAGACCAGCGCAGCACCGAUCUAGCCGUUGAUAAUCUUGGUGGAGCUACAGUUUUAGGCCGGAUGCUACGAGUCGACCAUGCGCGAUACAAGCGACGUGAUGAUGAGGAGGAAGGGGAUAAUGUUGCUAGGUUGAUGGGCGAUGCAGAGAUCAGCGACCGGGAAGAGCAAGGAAGAGACAGCAAUCGACACGACCGGAAGAGAGUGUCCAGGGGGAUGAACGAGAAGAGCGCCGACCGAUGCUGA